AUGGGAACUGCCAAAGCCGUUUGUCUUAUUGCUGCAUGCACGUCUGCUAUGCUGAUCAAUACCGUAAACAAUACCUCCGUCUCUGUGGCGUUGCCCACAAUCGGUCGUGAACUUAGCAUUGCAGAGAACAAUCUACAGUGGCUAAUAUCUAGUUACUCACUCAGCUCGGGAUGUCUCCUUAUAUUUUUGGGUCGGAUUGCGGAUCUUCACGGAAGGAAGACAGUUUGGCUGCUUGGCUUUUUAUGGAUGCUCGUAUUUUCUCUCGGUUGUGGCUUUGCUCAAGAUGAGAUUACUGUCGACGUCCUUCGUGGACUUCAAGGUAUUGGAGGAGCAGCGAUUGUUCCAGCAUCGCUGGGUAUACUGGCACAUGCCUUCCCGCCUUCACGCACUCGGUCUCUCGCAUUCGCGACCUUUUCUGCUGGUGCUCCAGUCGGCGCAGCAGUAGGUAUGGCUCUCGGUGGUAUUCUCACACAACUGUCCAAACCAACAUGGCGCUCGACGUUCUACCUCACGUCUGGUCUUUGUCUCCUUGCCAUGGCCGCUGGAUUCUACAGUAUUCCGCCUGAUCAUGUCUCCACUGAGGUCGAUAAGCGUGUGGAUUGGUUGGGCGCAUUCUUGGUUACGGCUGGACUUGUCCUGAUCGUUUUCGUGCUGAGCGAUGGCGAGAUCGCUCCCAACCAAUGGGCCACAUCUUACAUCAUCACCCUCCUAGUUCUUGGGGUCGCCUUCAUGGUCCUCUUCGUGCUCUGGCAACUCUACCUCGAACGCGUCCAAGCAGACCCAACGAACCCUCUGGCCCGAGCUCACUCAAAAUGGACGCCCCCGCCUCUUCUGAAGAUGUCUAUGUGGAAGCGCGCAAACGGAAAGUUCGCGAUUAUGCAGCUCAUUGCGUGCGUUAAUUGGUGCAGUUUCAUGUCUUGGACGUUUUGGGUUCAGUUGUACUACCAAAACUAUGCGGACCUUUCUCCAAUCUUAACCAUGGUCCGGAUGCUGCCUAUGUUUAUCACCGGUGUUGUUUGUAACGGGAUCAUCGCCCUGAUUAUCGGGCGUGUGGACGUGUUGUACAUUAUUGUGUUCGGGACGCUGCUGACGAGUUUCUCGAACGUGUUCUUUGCGAUGAUCAACCCCGAUGCGCCGUACUGGGCCUUCGGGUUCCCCGCCGCAAUUCUUUCCGUCUUUGGAGCAGAUUUCGUGUUCGCUGCAGGAUCACUCUUCAUCGCCAAAGUCUCCCUUCCACAUGAACAAUCCGUCGCAGGCGCGCUCUUCCAAACUAUGACCCAACUUGGCACAGCUCUCGGCCUCGCCGUAACAACAAUAGUCUACGACCGCGUCCUCGCCACACAAUCCUCCUUGCUCGGUGUCACGAUAGAUACUUCAGGAACUAAUGCGCCAAAGCCUGCGCAGCUGAAGGCGUAUCAGGCGGCGGAAUGGACUGCGUUUGGGUUUGGGAUACUUGGUAUGGUGCUGUCGCUCUUCCUCCGUGGCGUAGGGAUCGUGGGACACGUACCAGAAGAGGACGAGAAAAUGGGAGACGAAGAAAAUGAACGUCAUGAGCCUCUGAAUGAAAAGAGUAUUUCUCAGGACUCGGCCGACACGAGGAGUUGA